UAUUUGGAGGGAGGGGGAUGUUUGUAUACAACGAAUUCAUCUGAUUAAAAAAUUUACCAGAAAUUCAUUAAUUGUCGACACAUACAUCCGCAAAAUAUUUGUCCAACUUUCAAUCUACAGCAUUUUAAAUCGACACCCGGUUUCAUAUGUUUUUGGUUUCAUGACAAGCAGCCUACGUUGUUGCUUUAAUGUUCUUUUUACAAAAUCCUUAGCAAAUUAAAGUUGACAAGCUUUUUACUAUAACGUUUGAAAACUUUUUCUACUGAAUUCAGGUGGUUUCCUAAUUUGCCGACUGAAGGUAAUUUUUUACUUGAUUCACCGACUGUUUUUGGCCAGGGGUUUCCGCACCCCCUGCACCCUCAACGUAGCUACGACCUUACGAAUCUUUUUCGUUCCGUAAAAACUCUGUGACGUUUUCAAGAACAAGCUGGAUUAGAGACCCUGCUGUGGAAGCACCAUUGUUCAACGAUUGGCUUGAAACACCUGGGUUGAGCAAAGUCUGCGUGAUACCCUCCCAUCCCCCGGAUUGUGAUGGAUCGUAGCAACCCGUUGCGAACGUUUUGUUGAUCUCUGAUUGGCUAGAAAGUUUAUCUUCUCAGGGGACUUUUUAACUAGACGAAAACAGGAAUUGGAUUUGCUGUUCCGGUGUCGUAGAUGUUGCAUGUUGACGUAGAUACCGUAUAAACAGAAGAGAAGUUUUGGAGAAAAAUGGCAUCUCAAGGGAAAAUGCAAGAGCUUGAUGUGGACAGUAUACUUCCGCUUGUUGGAGAAUUUUCUCGCUUUCAAUAUGUUCUAGAAGCCAUGCUAUGCAUUUCCAUUAUACCCCAAACACUUCAAGUUCUCAUAAUGUAUUUUGCUGCGCACAACUCGCCAUGGCGUUGCACACACAAUAGCACGGUUUGCACUUUUCCGCAGAAUAUGACAUUUAGCUCGGGUGAUUCACUGUAUGAAGAAAGAUGCAAAUUGGAGAGAAAAGAAUGGGAGUUUGUCUAUUCAAAAGAUUACUCAAUCAUGACUCAGUUUGACCUCUACUGCGACAAAGAAAUCUACGGGUACUUGACAACGUCAUUAUUUUUCAUUGGGUGGGGAUUCGGUGCUGUUGUUCUUGGCAUCGUAGCUGACAGGUUUGGUCGUCUGAAGGUCCUGUUUCCAUCUUUGGCUGUGAUAAUCAUUGUUGGAUUUCUCAGCACAUUUUCACCUAAUUUUUGGGUCUUCCUCACUACCAGAAUCAUUGUUGGUUUCUUCACACCAGGCACAGGAGUACAAAUGUUCGUCAUGGCUUCAGAGUUCGUUGGUGCAAAAUACAGACCGCUUAGUGGAAUUAUUUUGUGGGCGUUUUUUACUGUGGCGCUGAUUAUUCUCGGAGUACAGGCCUAUUUCAUUCGCGAAUGGAAAAAGCUCUUCAUUAUAUCCACUGUCCCAUAUAUCUUUGUACUUGCUUUCGCCAAGUUCGUUCCAGAGUCAAUAAGAUGGUUAAACCUUAAUGGACGCCAAGAGGAAGCAAUGAAACUACUGCGAAGAAUUGCAAAGUUCAAUAAGAAAGAGCUGCCAGACAAUGUAACACUUAAAGCUCCAUUUACUGGCCCAAAAGUCAAAGCAAGUCCCAUUGAUCUCUUUGUUCCAACCAAAAUGGCUUUGCAGAGUCUAGUACAAAGCUAUGCCUGGAUGGUAAAUGGACUUGUAUAUUAUGGAGUUGCGCUUGCGUCGGGUUCCCUCAGUGGAGCUAUGUACCAGGAUUACAUCCUUACAUCAUUGGUGGAAUUUCCUGCCAUUGUCUUCGCUAUAUACUUUUGCAACACCAUUGGCAGAAAAAAGACAAUAAUCAUCUCAUUAGCUACCGCCAGCAUUUCCUGUCUUCUCAUUCCAGCGAUUCCUACUGACCAAGGCAAAGGAUUAUCCAUAUUGCGGAUCCUUGUUGGAAUGAUUGGAAAAUGUGGCGUUGCUACAUCUUUUAACAGUAUAUAUACAUGGUCAGUUGAAAUUUACCCGACGGUCAUCAGAUCACAAGGGAUGGGACUUUUGCAAAUAGCAAGUCGAAUUGGAUCCGCAGGAGCACCAUGGAUUGCUUCCGGACUGAUGACGGUACACGCCUCGUUGCCUUUCAUUGUCAUGGGAGGAAGCAGUUUGAUUGCCGUUGCUAUGUUGUUUUACUUGCCAGAGACCAAAGGGGUGAAAACUGCCGAAACGUUCGGGGACAAAGAAAAUGGAGGCAAAGAACUCACGGUUGAUUUCCAAAAAGAGGCAGACGGUGUCAAUGCCAAAGUUAACAUGGCCUACAACAAUGCUGAUGAGGAUUCGCGACUCUAAGCAACUUUGAAGUCUUAGUAGCUGCCAAAGCUUGCAUUGGAAUUCAUAACUAUUUUACAAUCACAGAAGAAUGUGCUUUAUAAAUGUUGCACAUUUUAUGAUCUACUGUAAAUUUAAAUUCGCUGUCGAAGACUAAUGAAUAAUA